UUAUGUUACUGUCCUUGUCACGUCGGUACUCAGUAAAAAAAGAAGAAGAUAAAAAUCUUUUCCAUCUGUUUAGUAAAAAAUAAAUAAAUUAUUAUUCUGUUAUUAUUAAUUUAAAAAGGGAAUAAUGGGAAAAGCAAAGAAAACCAGAAAGAUUGUGGAACGACGUUUCGCAAAAAUGAAAAAAAUGAUAAGUUUAAGUGACCCUCGCAUAAAAGAAUCACUGAGACAAGCUCCUAGAAAAAAGAAAGAGGAAGAUCCACACAAACUAAAAAUUCACGAGCAACCGCAAAUGAGUUCAGCUUUAUUUUUCCAGUAUAAUACACAGUUGGGUCCUCCUUACCACAUUCUUCUGGAUACAAAUUUCAUUAACUUUUCAAUUAAAAAUAAAUUAGAUGUAAUUCAAAAUAUGAUGGAUUGCUUGUAUGCGAAAUGCAUACCAUAUAUUACAGAUUGUGUUCUUGCAGAAUUGGAAAAAUUAGGACAAAAAUACAGAGUAGCCUUAAGAAUUAUCAAAGAUCCUAGAUUUGAACGAAUACAUUGCAUGCACAAAGGUACUUAUGCUGACGACUGCCUUGUACAGAGAGUGACGCAACAUAAAUGCUAUAUAGUUGCUACUAAUGAUAAAGAUUUAAAGAGAAGAUUAAGGAAGAUACCAGGUGUUCCUAUUAUGUAUGUUGCUCAACACAAGUACACAAUUGAAAGAAUGCCUGAUGCUUAUGGAGCUCCAAAAUGAUUAUAUUUUUAAUUAAAAAUCAAUAAAUAUUUUAUAUAAUAAUAUGCUUUUCAUGUUUAUAAGGUUACUUUAAAUCAUGAUAAUCUGUAAAUAUUCAGAAAAGGAUGCGCCAAAGAAUCCAAAUGUGCUAAAUUACAAAAAAAAAUUAAAUGAUCAAAACUAACUAGUUUAUGGAACUGUAUAUCAUUCACUCAGUCGAAGCUAAAAGGUCCACAGGUUUGCCAUAUCAAUGCCCACUAAAUCUACUCCCUUUUCAGAGUUUUAGUACUCUAGUACCCCAAAUAUAAUUUAGUACGUUUUUACUGUAGGG